AUGCACCAGUGUUCUAUCUGCUUGAAAAUAUUCCCGCGCCCCAGCGGUUUGAACACACACAUGAAUUCUCACUCGGGAGCUAAACCUUACAAGUGUCCGGUACCAUCGUGCGAUAGACACUUUGCAGUGCGAUCCAAUGCCAAGCGCCAUCUCAAGACACAUGGCAUUAACCCUUCUUUGAUGGAGGGGCCAUCUCAAGGCACAAACUUUAUGGUUGGGUUUGAGGAGCCUCUCGUAAAUCACCAUGUUCACGAUGCCGGCCGGCCACCGACAAGACUCAGGUGGAUCCCGCACAGCCUCGUCACGAGGACGCAACCCGUUACCGAGUGGAUCGGCUCCCAAUCGUCGGGUGGAGACGAUUCGAAAAGCACACGCCCUGUGGUCUCAAUGACGUUACCGGGGGCGCCCUCAUCGUCAUUGAACCAGGCAUCAGCUUAUCGUUACGACAAUAACAAUGAUUAUACUGAUGCGGGUUCUCGUCACUACCACCCCAGUCAGGUCCGUCUUCGCCCCGCUCGGGGGUUAAACCGCGCUGAUUUCUAG